GUGCCAGGCCUGCUGAACCUGGGCAACACGUGUUUCAUGAAUUCCCUGCUGCAGGGCCUGUCCUCCUGCCCCUCGUUCAUCAGGUGGCUGGAGGAGUUCACAGCCCAGUACAGGACGGAGCAGGAGCAGCCCCAGGAGCAGCCCCAGCACCUCUCCGUGACUCUGCUGCAGCUCCUCAGAGCCCUGUCGUGCCAGGAGGUGCCAGAGGACGAUGUCCUGGAUGCCAGCUGCCUGCUGGAGGUGCUCAGGAUGAACAGGUGGCAGAUCUCCUCCUUUGAGGAGCAGGAUGCCCAUGAGCUGUUCCAUGUCCUGACCUCUUCCCUGGAGGACGAGCGGGAUCGGCAGCCCCGUGUGACCCAUCUGUUUGAUGUGCAUUCCCUGGAGCAACCAGAAAUAAUCCAAAAGCAAAUAAGCUGCAGAACAAGAGGAUGUCUUCCCCCUGUGUCCAACCACUGGAAAUCUCAGCACCCUUUCCAUGGAAGGCUGACCAGCAACAUGGUCUGCAAACACUGUGAGCACCAGAGCCCUGUGAGGUUUGACACCUUUGACAGCCUCUCCCUGAGCAUUCCAGCGGCUGUGUGGGGUCGUCCCAUGACACUGGACCAUUGCCUCCAUCACUUCAUCUCCUCAGAGUCUGUCAAGGAUGUUGUGUGUGACAACUGCACCAAAAUCCAGGCACAAGGAAUUCUGAAUGGACAGAGCAUAGAAAACCAGAGAACAACAUUUGUUAAGCAAUUAAAGUUAGGAAAGCUGCCCCAGUGUUUGUGCAUCCACCUGCAAAGGCUGAGCUGGUCAAACCAAGGCACUCCCCUGAAGAGACACGAACACGUCCAGUUCAACGAGUUCCUGGUCAUGGACAUCUACAAAUAUCGAGUUCCUGGUCCUAAAUCCUGCCAGGAGCAGCUCAGCCAGAAAAACCCUGAGGAGACAACCCCUGGAAUAAAGGAUGGGAGAGCAGGGAAACCUUCAGAUGCAGAACAACCAGCUGGUACCAAACCUCUCUUCAUGAAUGGUGCCUCCUCUUCCUCCUCCUCCUCUCCCUCAUUUUUAAUGUCCCCAGGAACUUUCCCACUUGCUGCAUUCCCUGAGUGCAGUCCCAGCCCUCGGGGUCAUCCCAGCCCUUGGGGUCAUCCCAGCCCUCAGGGUCAUCCCAGCCCUUGGGGUCAUCCUAACCUUUGGGAUGGUCACAGCCCUCAGGGUCAUUCCAGCCCUUGGGGUCAUCCCAGCCCUUGGGGUCAUCCCCAAGGGUGAUCGUGGAGAUGGAUUGGGACCCUCCUGGGAUGGUCAUGGCCCUUGGGUUCAUCCCAGCCCUCAGGACCAUCCCAGCCUUUGGGAUUAUCCAAGCCCCUGGGAUGGUCCCAGCCCUUGAGACCAUCCCAGUCCUUGGCAUUAUCCAAGCCCCUGGGAUGCUCCAAGCCCCUGGGAUGCUCCAAGCCCCUGGGAUGGCCCCAGCCCCUGGGAUGGCCCCAGCCCUCAGGAGGUCCCAGCCCUCGGAUGGAGCCUCUCUGUUUAUGCAAACCUCCCCCUGUCCAGGCUCCCUUCCCGGUGGGAGCAGCUGGGAGUUGUGGUUUGUACCCAGGCCCUGCUGUUCCAGCCCCGUGCAGCCCCAGGUGUGUGUUUGAGAAGUGUUUUCUGCCUGUCCCAAGGCUCUGGUCCAUGUCCUGACACCGCACUUUUCCCAGGGAGAUGCUCCAUCCCAUCCCACACAUUUCACUUCCCAAGGGGGAGCCCUGGAAUGGGUUGAUGUCAAGCUGCUGUUGAGGAGCCCCUGCCCAUCCCAAUCCCUUUCCACAAUGCACCAGCCCCUCCAGGUUCCCUUCCCUGUGGCAAUGGCUGGGAAUUGUGUUUUGUACCAAAAUUCCCAGAGCUGUUCCAGCCCCAAGUGUUGAGCAGCCUUUGUCUGUCAGGCAGGGAUUUUAUCCCAAGGCUCCAUUCCCAGUGGGGAGCCCUGGGAGGGGGUGAUGGGAAGCUGCUGUUGGCAGUGAUUUAAGACACAAAAGUGCCUUGAGCUUCCCUGAGCAGCUGCAUUGCCACUGGGCCAGCCCUCUGCAUGCCCACUGUGUCCUGGGAAUGCCUCACACCCAUGGGAUGAACCCAUGGAAUCCCAUUUCUCCUGACCCACCAAGUCAAGGCAUCUCCCCAAACUGCCCCCCAUCCAAAAGAUUUCCCUGGUCACACAAUUUUCCUCCCACUUUACUUCUUUAUAUUAUAAAUUCCUUCUCCUGAUUUAAAUUGCUUUAUCCAGGAGAUAAUUUUGUAUCUAUUGAGAGCUGAAACCUUAAUUUAUUGCUCCAUACCUUUGGAAUCCAGCUGGAAUCAGCACAUGGAAGUGUUUGCUAGUGCUCAGUGUUGUCAUUUCCUCCAGCACUGUUGAAUCCAGUUGUUUUGUAGCAUCAACUACAACUUUUAAUGCUGUGAUUUCCAAGCUGCUGUAACUGUUCUAGACUUGCCCUUCCCAUUUUAUUGCUGGAAUCUGCUAUUCCCAGCACUGGGAUCCAUGCUCCUGGCUUGCAGCUCAGCUGAAGAGCAGCCCCUGGCCUUGUUAAAUGGAAUAUAAACACCAGGGCCAGGACUGGUGGGCACUUACUGGUCUUAUGAAGAAAUCUGGGAAUCCUGCAUCAGCUCCAGGCUGCCCUGUAAAUAGAAAUAAGGGGAAUUCUGCUGCUCUGGAUUGUUUGAUGUGCAAAAAAAAAAAAAAAAUUAAAAAAAAAUCCCAAAGCACAGAGGGAAAAGCAGCAAAAAUCCUCUUUUAAAAACCUGCUUUUAAAUGACCAGGAAUAAAAUAUGUAGGUUGUUUUUAGCUCUUUUCUGUCCUUGUAAGCUUGGAGGAGAAAAAUCCCUCAUCAGACAAGCUUUUUUUUUUUUUUUCAGUGUGAAGUUUUGAAAUAACAACUGUCUUAAAUAGUUUUUUUAGGGCAACUUUGUACCUCAUGAAUUCAUAGUGCUGCCCAAAGCUCGGGGGUGUUCCCACUUCCUCAGGAGAGGCUCCAAACCAGCCAAAGCAUGAGUGGUAAAAUAGGUGGAUAUGCAAAAUUAUUUACAUAACUCAUCAUUCCAGAGUCUGGAGCACAAUUCCUGGCCCAGGUAAAUGCUCAUAGUACAUAAAUAUUGAUAAAUCCACUGCUGGACUGGGACCUGGUUCCUGGCUGUGCUGCACGAGCAGUAGCUUGGUGUUUAACCUGCUUUAAUUUACAGAAAACCAAGAAAACAAACAAAAAGGAUGCAAAAUGCCAAAAAUUUGCUCUGGCCAAUGAAGGGAGAGCUGACAGAGCUGCAGAAGGAGCCAGCCCUCCCUACUGGGAGCCAUCCAAAACCAUCACCCCAACAUCUCCCUGCAGCAGAUCUGCCCCUGCACCCCAGAACUGAAACCAUUUCCAGUGCCAGCAGUGGCUGUCCUGCAUUCUCCAGGCUCAAUGCUCUGCUUGGGGGGGGUUUUCCUGAAUUUGGGGGGUUUUUUCUUGGAUUUGGGGGGGUUUUUCCUGGAUUUAGGGGUUCAGCUGAGGUUGUGCUGGAGGAGGGGCAGAGAACACGCACACUAUGGACUGAAACCUGAAAUCUGGCAGCUGGGACCAGCAGGUUUUCUUUGCCAAGAGCUGUGGAUUGACUCUGGAUCUCCCUCAAGGGCUAUCAAGGGGAGGGUUGAGCCUUUUUUUUUGGCUUUGCUUGGUGGGGAGGAGUAAAUGAGCUUGGCUUAACCCUCAGGUGAGGAUGGGAGCAAAGCCCAGCACCUCAGUCGUGGCCCUGAGCUGUGCCAGAUCCUGCCAGCCCCCUGUGAGCUGGGGGUCCCUGCAGGCUUUGGGAGCUCAUUCUCCCCUCUGGAGGGCACUGGGAUCUGUUUUCCAAUGGAGAUCACUGGAAUUUGUGCAGGUGUUUGGGAACCAGCCCUCCCCUUUGCAGGGCUCUGUGUUUGCCAGCCCAGCCUCCCCUUUGGAGAGCACUGGGAUCUGUCUUUCCAGAGGUCACAGAAUUCUGUGUUUUCCAGCUAAAUCUCCCCUCUGGAGGUCACUGGGAUCUGUUUUCCAGCCAAACCUCCCCUCUGGGAGGGCUCUGUGUAUCCACAAGGCUCAAACUUUGGUACUCGUCCCUCCCAAGCUGCCAUGGUGGAGAAGAUGUUAAUAAAUUGUAAAGAAUGAAGAGCUCCAAGAUGA